AUGAUUAAUGAAAUCCCUCCUCCGAGUAGAUCAAAUCUUGAGCAAGUCCAAGCAAUCACCAUACUUCGAAGUAGAAGAAUUGUGGAUAAUAAGGUUGAUGAAAAAACUGAAACUCUUGCUCCCAAGAGUUCAAGUUUUUCAUCUAAAAAUCUGAAAGUUAGUCCAGAAAUUCUAAAUCCGCCAAUCCCAAAUGUUGAGACAUCUUAUGAGCCCAAGGCUCCUUUUCCUCAACACCUUAAAGAGUCCACACAUUUUGGGAAAAAGGGGAAUAAAAUUCAGGAAAUAUUUGAAAUCUUUAAGCAAGUGAGGUUAACUGAGCAAGCAAGUGCAAUCAUUCAGCAUAAUACACCUCCAAAGUUUAAGGAUCUGGGUGCCCCGACAAUCUCAUGUGUCAUUGGAGACAAUGAAAUAGAAAAGGCCCUCAUUGACUUAGGAUUCAGUGUAAAUCUGAUUCCUUACUCAGUAUACUUGCAACUUGGCUUAGGAGAACUCAAACUAACCAUGGUUGUCUUACAACUUGCGGAUAAAUCUGUUAAACAACCUCGUGGUAUCAUUGAGGAUGUAAUCAUCAAGGUAGACAAGUUCUACUUUCUAGUAGACUUCCUGGUUCUAGAUACUGAACCAGUUCACAAUCCCAAAAGGCACAUUCCUGUACAGCUCAAUAUUUUCAAUGUUUUUCAACAUCCUCCGGAUGAAGAUGGAUGUUUCCUUCUUGACAUCAUAGAUGAAGUGGUUGAAGAAUCUCUCCCAUUUAAUCAAGAUCCUCUUAAAACUUGCUUGGCUCACUUUGAUUCUAAAGAUUAUAACAUUGAUCAAUCUAUUUGUGAAAUCAAUUCUUUACUUAAGGUCAAUGCAAUCUCAGUUUUUUCUUCUUGGAAAUUGUCAAAAGAACCUCUUCUGCUAAUUUCUAGCACUCCUCAUGUUCUUUUGUUGAAUUAUCCACCUCAACUUGAGCUAAAGCCACUUCCGGCUAAUCUCAAGUAUGUAUUUCUUGGUACGAACAAAACUCUUCCGGUCAUUAUUGCAUCGGAUCUUUCCAAAGACUAA